AUGGACCCAAGAUACAACAACAACUUCGUGCCCCCGACCAGGGCACCGUCCGCCGCGCCAUCAAUGGCCGCGUCGGAUUUGACAUUCUACACCGCUCGCAAUCAAUUCUAUGACGUCGAGACGCUAGACGAGGAGGCACCCUCGCCGCCGCCCCAGAAGCGCGUGUCCAGCUCUCGCAACAGCCACAGGCGACGCGGAAGCCGAGCCAGUCUUGACCGUCCGGCAACAGCACAGGCUAUCAAGCGUCAUGAUUCUGGAUAUGGCUCCAACGGACACAGCUCCAAUGGAGGAUACGGAUACACCACCAACGUCGUAAGCCCAAGGCCGUCAGUCUCCCAGUAUCGCCCAGCCACGGCCCACGCCAAGCGGCCCUCAACCAACGCCCUCAACCAGCAAGGCCGCACGGGACAAUCCACCCGCCGUCGCGUCCCCAAGGCCUACCAGGCCUCCAACAACGACUCUGGCCUCCAUCUCGCCCGGCCAUCCACCUCUGCUGCCCGGAACUCGAGCACCUUCUUCCACUUCCCGGCGGCAAACGACCCCUUGGCGGCGCCCAGGCAGGAUUUCAGCACCCACGCAGACUUCACCACCCACGCCCCUACUCAGUACCGCGCCAGGUCCAGGUCCAGGCACACAGACUACCAGACCAUCGACGACUCCAGGGGCGGCUUCGGCGGCUGGCUCAAGCGCGCCUUUGGCUGCAUGUCGGCAAAGGAGCCCCGGGGCAGCGUGCGCCACUACAGGCCGGAGAUGGACGACUCGUACUACGAGGAGAAGAGGGCGCCUCACCCGCAGGGCUGGCAGGGUCAGCCUCUCAAGAUGAAGAGCUAUUAA